AUGGACACGACCGAGCCACGGCGCGGGGCUUCAGAGGACGUUGACCCUGAGUCCCACAGCCCCGCGUCCUCAGAACCCAAACAGGAACUCCCCGAUGACUUGCCCAAGUCGCUGGACGAUCGCCGCUCGGUGCCGGUCUUUCAGCAGGAGACCGAGAUGUACGACGCUUGGCAGGGACAGUCUCAAUACCUUACUACCCCCGUCGCUGCGAAACCCUUGGCCUUCAGUCUCGCCCUCGAUGAUCACUCACACGACUCCGAGCACGAGUUGCGGGCUCAGUACGGACGCGACCUUGAAGACAGCGAUGCUCGACUGAUGGAGAUGCUGGCAGCACAGGCUGCCCAUCGGGAGGUGGACUCUCUAGGCGCCGACGAAGAAACCAUCGCCGCUGACGAAAACCUGACCGUGGCGGAGAAACGCGACAUCCUACAAAAGAGCCUCAAUAUGGCCGCGAGCAACGGCGACGUGGAUCGCGUUCGGAAAUUAGUCCAGGGGCCAGCCAGGAACUUCGUAGAUGUGAAUAUGAAAGAUGAGGAAGGAACUGUGCCCUUGAUCUACGCUAGUUGUUUCGGUCAUCAAGACGUGGUCGCAGCACUUCUCCUAGCGGGCGCUUUUGUCGACCAGCAGGAUCGCAACCAGUGGAGCGCGUUGAUGUGGGCUAUGACGAACCGACACAAGACUAUUGCGAAAACACUCCUCGACCACGGCGCGUCGCCGGAUAUCAAGUCUUCAUCCGGUGGAACAGCUUUUGACUUUGCUCAGCCUGGUAGUGAGAUUUCGGAAUAUUUGCAUGAGAACGGGUAUAACUUUGGACCGAGCGCAAUUGAGGACGAUUUCUAUGAUGCUGGGCUUGCACAUGGCCGAUUUGAGGAAGAGCUUGCCGAGAACGAGAUGAAACGCCGAAUGAUGAUGGAAGAGAGUGCUCUCAAUCUGGAGGUCGAUCUGUCUAGUCUCGGGUUGGAUGAGAAAUUCGAGCCUUCGGACGACGAGGAUCUCGAACAGGAGCAGCAGGAGUUCGUAUGGGACCGAUGUCUCAAUGAUCAAAUGUUCGUGUUCCAGGAUUCUGAUCUGGAGCGCAUUUUGGAUAUAAUCAUCACCAACAUGACGCCGCAACGGUCUCCGUCUCAAAAGCCUGUCCCCGCGAAUCUCCUUUUCCUCAGCGCGCGCUAUGCACACUAUCAUGCCAGUCCCGAGCUUCUUGCUACUCUUUUGAACUCAGCAAUGGAAAAGAUCAACGACGUUGUUGAACGUUACCAAUGGGACAUGACCAUGCAGGCAUUCUGGUUGUCCAAUGCCACUCUACUGCUCCAUUAUUUGAAGAAAGAUGGCGGGUUGGUAGAGGCAACUGUGCCAUUCCAGCUCCAUUUGGCUGAGCUGAUCAAUGAGAUCUUCGUCCUCAUUAUUCGCGACGCCGAGCGGCGCAUGAACAAAGUCCUGGAUGCGGCGAUGCUGGACCAUGAAACCAUCCCUGGACUCGAGGACAUUGCAUUCCAGAACGAAUGGAAGCUCUUCAAAAAGAAGAAGACCGAGGCACCAGAGCCUGCGGAUAAGCGAUUUCGGCCGCCUUCACCGCGCCGACGAGCCCAGAUCUCCCCGCGCAACAUCACCUCCCUACUAUCGUCUACUCUCUUUGUACUUGACCUAUAUGACGUUCACUCUGUGAUAAUCACCCAGAUUCUUUCCCAGCUUCUCUACUGGCUCAGUGCCGAGAUCUUCAACCGCAUCAUGAGCACAAGACGCUACUUGGCGCGGACAAAAGCCAUGCAAAUCCGCAUGAAUGUUUCUACUUUGGAAGAUUGGGCACGUACCAACAAUCGGCAACCUGAGCAUUAUGAGAACGGCUCCAUGAACAGUACGGGGGAGAGCACAGUCGAUUCUGCUCGUCGGCAUCUAGCUCCCGUUAUCCAACUACUGCAAUGGCUGCAGUGCUUCUCCUCGCUUGGAGACGAUCAUGAGUCUCUUGUGACAACCCUGCUUCAGCUGCAGCAGCUUACCCCUCUCCAACUUCUGCACGCUGUCAAGACCUACCGACCCGAAGUAGGUGAAAAGGGCCUGACCAAGCAAGCAAUGAAGUUCCUCCUCGAUCUACAACGGGACCCUGAAACAUUAUUCCGAGAGCAUCAGAAAAUCCAAGACGACAAAGCGAAAGCAGCCGUUGGACCCGCACCAGAAGCAAUAGGAGACCGCCCUAAGACCCCGACCAAAGACCAACCUACCCUGACACCCGCAAGUCCCGACCAAGCCACAUCCCCAGGAUCAAUAGCAACUUCAUCACGCCCGCCAAGCAUGAUGGCCCCAAGAGAAGACCGCCCCGGCAAAGAAAGCAUCUUCCUCGAUCCAACCCUCUUCCUCCCCUUCUCCCUGCCCACAAGCACAGACAUGCUCAUCAGCUACGGUGCCGGACUGGGCGGCACCAACCGCGAGCGAGCGCGCAAAUACAUUCCAACCGUUCCUCCCGAAGUGCUUAGUCGAUUCAACCCCGACGAUGCAUAG